GCGUCUGGCGGAGAACGCGUUUACGUUCUAAUUUUGAAAUUCGCGCCAUAAUCUCGUAAAUCACUGCCAAAUUGUAAAUAAUCAUUCGAAGUUUAGUAAAAUAAAUAGUGUUUAUUUAUUAGUAGUAUUAUUUGAUUUAUUAGCCUUAGUUUUUGUGGACUUGAUUAAAAUAAGUGGAUAAGAGAAAUCUACAAUGAAGACAAUGUUAGUGAUAUUUUUGGGAACAGUGUGCAUAUCAUUCGUCGCUGCCAUACUUCCAGUGUCAUCUAAUGAUAACGUCAUUAACAUAAUACAAAAGAAACCAGUAAUAAACACGUGCUCACCGCUGUACCCAAGAGCAACCUUGACAAGAGACCUUAGAAAGUUGGACGGCAUAUGGAAUUUUAGAUUAUCACCACCAAAUAAUCCCUUAUUCGGAUUUCUUAAUGGAUGGUAUCAGCAGGAUCUCGCUAAAACUGGACCAGUUAUCCCGAUGCCGGUUCCCUCAUCAUAUAACGACGUCGGUGUGGACGCAGUGGUGCGAGAUCACACAGGCGUGGUGUGGUAUGACAGGCGAUUUUAUGCACCACGCUGGUGGCGGGACGCCAAACAAAGAGUUUGGUUGAGAUUCAGCAGCGUACAUUACCAAGCAAAAGUGUUCCUAAACGGUAAUCAAGUUACAUCACACGAAAUCGGCCAUCUACCAUUCGAAGUGGAAAUCACGGAUGCUGUUCUCUACAACAGUUCUAAUUUACUCACUGUAGCCGUUGACAACACGCUGACUCUAAACACUAUUCCACAGGAAAAUGGAUAUGACUUUUUCAACUACGCCGGUAUACACCGGACUGUGUACAUUUACUCUACGCCACAACUAUAUAUAGAAGACAUUACUAUAGAUACGGACAUACAAGGUUAUACGGGUAUUGUGACUUAUGACAUAUCAGUAAAGGGAUCUAGUGAGGAUGAGAUCAUCUGCUUUGUGGAGAUAUUCGAUAGGAACAACACUAAAGUGGGAUCGUCACAAAACUGCAGCGGGGUGGUUGACAUACCCCAAGCGCACCUCUGGUGGCCUUACCUCAUGCAUCACGAUCCUGGAUACUUGUACACUUUGAAGGUGUCACUAGUAAACACGCGGGAUGAGCUUGUGGAUACUUACACAGAAAGGUUCGGCAUUAGAACCGUAAUCUGGACCAAUACUACCGUCUACCUGAAUGACCAGCAGAUCUAUCUGCGCGGGUUUGGCAUGCACGAAGACUCUGAUUUCCGGGGCAAAGGCUGGGAUCCAGUUUUGUGGGUGAAAAAUAUUAACCUGAUCAAAUGGGUGGGCGGGAAUUCGUUCCGUACCUCACACUAUCCGUACGCGGAGGAGAUCUAUCAGUUGGCAGACGAACACGGAAUCAUGGUUAUCGACGAGUGCCCUAGUGUUAACGCCAUAAACUAUUCUGACUCUCUACUGGAAAAACACAAGCAGUCGCUAACAGAGUUGAUCAGAAGAGAUAAGAAUCAUCCCAGCGUGAUCAUGUGGUCCAUCGCCAACGAGCCGGUGAGCGACAGGCCUAACUGCGAUGAAUAUUUCAAAAAAGUGGUGGCGCAUGUCAAAACUAUGGAUGUGUCCAGACCGGUCACCUAUGCAUUAGCUAACCCCAAGGAUAUUGCGGGUAAACAUUUGGACGUGAUCAGCUUCAACCGGUACAACGGUUGGUACCAAGAAACUGGUGAGCUUCAGCACGUGGCCGACAACGUGGCACGAGAGGCCCUGCAGUGGCACCGCAAAUACAACCGCUCUGUACUCAUGUCAGAGUAUGGUGCUGACACCAUUGCUGGGAUGCACUUUUUGCCGACAUUCGUAUGGUCAGAAGACUACCAGGUGGCACUCAUGUCAGAACAUUUCAAGGCCUUCGACAAAUUACGCCAGAGCGGUUUUUUCGUUGGCGAGUUUAUAUGGAAUUUUGCUGACUUCAAAACUAAACAAGGUAUAAUAAGAGCGGGUGGCAACAAAAAGGGUAUAUUUACGCGGUCGCGACAACCAAAGGCGGCGGCGCACCACCUGCGCGCUCGGUACCACGCGGUGGCCGCCGCAGACGCGGGCGCAGCGCCUCCUAGGCCACAACUCUACAUAAGUGACAACACGCCCAUACACCACGACGACCUGUAACCAGCCAUUGGUAUUAUAUGGGCAGCUAAUUAGUUAUAGUAUAUGGGCAGAAGACGUUCACCUGUCACGUGACCGCUGACUGGCUGACUAUACCAUGUGCGCUGUAGCAUGGUGUGGGUGACAGUUUCAUUAUCGUUUCAUUUCACUGU